AUGGCGCAAGAUCCGAUCGGCACUCCUCGCCGCUCUACCUCGUUGGCCAAUUCUGCCACUUCUGCGACUGGUCUUGGCCGCAGCGCCUCCAACAGCAUUUGGACGACCGAUUCCGCGCCAAGUCGCGUGACAAGCGGAGCGACCGCAAAUACUGCCAGCUUGGCGGUCGGUGGAAGCCAAAGCGAACAUGUUCAAGGCCUCUGGGACCGCUUCACUUUCCUCAAGAAUACCGAUAACAUCAAGAAUAAUCUGCUUGAAGACGUGCUCACUCGAUACAGCCAUCUCACGCAAGUGUUCGAGGAGUACAAGCGUGAAAAUCUCCUUCGUCUCGGCGAAGAGGGUGGAAAGAAGGCUGCUCGCCAACUGAAGUCGGCGGCCGCCAAAUAUCUCGCCAGCCUCGAUGGCAUGCCGAAGGAUCUCCGGAUUGCCGCUCGUUUGUAUACGAACGUGAGCGGCCUUGCUCAGACUUGUGUGCGUGCACGUCUGGUCAGCUCUGUCACCAUUGUCGAAGAUUUCCUCCGUGGCUUUACGUACGGAGACGACCUCUUUGACGUUAUCGACGUUGGAUACGGUAAAGACCGCGCCGAUGGGAAGGUUAUCGCCAAUUUCAAGCACGAAGUCCACAACUACCAGUGCCGACACAUCCUUUUCGGCUGCAGUCACGACAAUGGCUUCGCCCGGCACCUUGAAAGAUACACCCACGACGAUGCCACUGUCGCAAAAGUCACGCUGCUGGAAGGCGUGCCAUUCGAAAAAGAACUUCGAACUUUACCCUAUCAACAGCAGAAGUUUCCUGGUCUUUUCCGCGACUCAAAAAUCGUCGUCAACUCGGUGGACCUCGUUACUGCAGACUUCUCACGACUGCGUCAUGACUCUAAGCACAACCUGAACGUCUUCAAUCCGAACAGUGCGGUGUUCACUCCACCAAGCCAGACACCGGCGCCGACAACGCCAGCAUUCAGCCCGAAGACGUUGGCUAGCGAUGCUCUGGGACCUCUUCGCAACGACCUCACGCGAACUAAUUCUAUGAGCUCCGUUGCAUUGUCUGAAGCCGCACCAUCUGUUUCGACCCCGAACGGCGGAGGUUGGGCUAAUAUCGCGAAGGGCUCCGCACACCUGCCUUACAAGGAUCUGACCAAGAAGGUGGCAGAACCUUUACCAACAGGACCUGCGGUAUUGCUCAACAAGGACGACCAGCGAAUUGAUGUGGAGAUGGAAUACGACCACGAAAAGGUCUUUAGUCUGAAGAAGAUCAAGCUAUGCAAUCAACACUACAUUGGGCGCGGUUGCUGUCACUAUCAGGCUGGAAAUCGUAAUUGCCCGCAUCGCCAUGAUCUCAAUUUAUCAGCGGAAGAUCGGAAGUGGCUGCGUGUUGUGGCCCGAGAGACAGUGUGCAAGAAAGGCACUGCCUGUCUCGAGCUGGACUGCAUCUAUGGCCACCAUUGCCCUUAUCCGAAGCAGACAGAGGGCCCACAGAAGGGCAUUGCUUGCAUAAAUGGGGUAAAUUGUCGGUUUGCCAAGGAAAUGCAUGGUAUGGACAUGACGGUUGCGAAGACGCUGAGAGAGCAGGAUCUGGAGCUGAUGGACGCAUAA